AUCCAUGGUUUACAUAUUUUGUAACCACUAUUUUAAUUGUAGGCUACUUAUAGUAUUUAGAGAAGGUCGUUAGUACACCAAAGAGCCAUCAAACUAUCACGUCUGUCUGAUAACGUGUCAGAUUUGGGGAGUUUCUUUCUUUCCUUAGAGUCACAGAAUUGAAGGGUUCACAGUUUUCUCCGUUACACCUGUUCCGGUUCCAACUGACAAACGAAACUGUCCGUAAAAAUCAUCACCAAACCGUUAAAAACAGACUAAUUCAACUGUUAACAUUCCUCCACCGAAGCACCGAAAACUCGUCUUUGGUUUAUUCCGGUAACGUUGUUUAAAAGUAAAGUUGAUUAAGGUUAACGUUCGGGGAAACGUAGCUUACGCUAACGUUAGCUAAAACUUAACGUAAAUUACGUGAACGUUAGCUAAAACUUAACGUAGGUUACGUUAAGCUAACGUUAGCUAAAACGUAACGUAACUUACGCUAACGUUAGCUAUCGCUAAAACUUAACGUUAGCUGUUUAGCCGGGUACUAACUAAUUUAAACCUCGACUGACCGAUUUAACUGUGAAGCCGGGCGGGCGGGGACUAUCUUACUUGUUCCUGCCGCCGAGAAGCGACGCUAACACGGGUACGUUUGAUUCAGGACCCGCUGAGCACCGGAGGAGAACAGAUCCAGUUUACUGGAAGUGUGAGGGGUGUUUCCAGCUGAUCUGCACAACAGAAGGAGCCGAGUCUCCCCUCAGCAGCCCGACCUACCUGCUACUUUCUGCGGCCACAACACACCACAGCACACCGGUACCGGCUGGAGCUGUAGCUGUGCAGGAUCUUCAUCCGGAUUACUUUAAAGGAAAAACCGGGGGGGAUCCUCGGUUAGCUGCCGGUGCAGUCGGUAGCUGUUAGCUCCGGACUGUCAUGAUCCCUGCAGCGCGGAGAUGGCGUCCUUCCCCGGAUUGUGCAAGGCUGUCGGGCCAGCCGAAGAGGAGAACGGAGAGCUGGACGGUUCUCUGCAGCAGAUGCUGAAGGCCAUCGCCGACGAGAGGAACCGACUCAACAUCCGACAGGAGGUCAGCGGAAUCGGUUGUUUUAAAGAUGACCGCAUCGUGUUUUGGACCUGGAUGUUCUCCACAUAUUUCAUGGAGAAGUUCGCUCCUCGGCAGGACGACAUGCUGUUCUACGUCCGCAGGAAGCUCGCCUACGUCAGCGCCGACAACACCGAGGGCAAAAAGGUGGAGGUGGAGGUUUACCGGAGAGACUCCAAGAAGCUGCCGGGCCUCGGCGACCCCGACAUCGACUGGGAGGAGAGCGUCUACCUGAACCUCAUCCUGCAGAAGUUGGACUACGUGGUAACGUGUGCAGUCUGCACGCGCUCAGACGCAGGAGACAUCCACAUCCACAAGAAGAAAUGUCAGGAAGUGUUUGCGUCUCCCAGCAAACAUGCCAUGGACAGCAAAGGAGAGGAGUCCAAGAUGAGCUACCCCAACAUCUUCUUCAUGAUCGACAACUUCGAGGAGGUGUUCAGUGACAUGACGGUGGGUGAAGGGGAGAUGGUGUGCGUGGAGCUGGUGGCAAGCGACAAGAGCAACACCUUCCAGGGCGUCAUCUUCCAGGGCUCGAUCCGCUACGAGGCGCUGAAGAAGGUCUACGACAACCGGGUGAGCGUUGCUGCUAAGAUGGCCCAGCGGAUGUCUUUCGGCUUCUACAAAUACAAGAACAUGGAGUUUGUGAGGAUGAAGGGUCCGCAGGGCAAAGGUCACGCCGAGAUGGCCGUCAGCAGGGUGCCGACAGGAGACACUUCACCCUGCGGCACAGAGGAGGACCAGGUGUCCCCCGAGCACGAGAGGGUGACGUCCUUCAGCACACCUCCGACUCCAGAGAGGAACCGUCCGUCCUUCUUCUCUCCGUCUCUGAGACGUAAAGUGCCCCGAAACCGAAACGCAGAGAUGAAGAAGUCUCACUCGGCCAACGACAGCGAGGAGUUCUUCAGGGAGGAAGAAGACGAAGAUCUUCACACCACCUCCAACCUGCGCUCGCGCUCUCUGUCGGGGACCCAGCGCUCGUUGGUCGGCUCCUGGCUCAAACUCAACCGGACCGAGGACUUCUUCCUGCUCUACUCCCACCUGACCUACGUCACGCUGCCGCUGCACCGCAUCACCACAGACAUCCUGGAGGUGAGGCAGAAGCCCAUCCUGAUGACAUAGCAGAGCUUGACUCCCUCAGAGCAUCACUACCAAGUGCCUCCUGC